AUGUUUUGGACCAUAGCUGUAGAGUUUCAAUUUUAUCUAAUAUUUCCAUUUCUAAAUUCGACAUUAAUAGAAAAGGGCAUUUCAGGACUUCUACCUAUUCUUGGGUUCACAAUGGUAGCGCGAAUCAGUGCUUUAUUGAAUGGAGCCAAUGUGCGAGAGUUCUGCUAUUGGACUAUUCUUGGUCGUUUAGAUCAAUUUAUCAUUGGAAUGAUAGCUGCACAAGUAGUUCGAAACUUAACCAUUGACGACAAACGACUAGGCUGGGGUCUACUAAUCGGCAUUCCAGGUAUGUUCAUGGCCUUAUUCAUCUUUAAUCGAUCCGGUGGAUGGCUUAGCACCGAUCCAUGGAAGAUCGUCUGGCCUCCGGUUGAAGCAUUAUUAUGGGGACUAAUCAUCGUCGGCUACCUGGUGUUUAUGAACUCAAAAGAAAAUAUACUUUUACGAGCAAUAUCAAGCAUUGUCUUGCCAAUCACAAUAAGUAUAUCAACUCUGUCAUACCAUGCCAUCGAAAAACCGUUUCUUGAAUUGCGUCACUCGUACUUAAUGCCAACGACUCAUGACAAUAUUGUAACUGAUUGUUCUUCGAAUAAAUUAUAG